AUGAACCUUCUCGGAUCUGGUGGGGUGUUUCUCUGUCUGCUGCUUGUCCUGCAAGGUACCAGCUCAUCCUUCAUCAGCGUCAAUCAGGGGGUGAAGGUGGUGAAGGGCCGCUCUGCUUUUCUGUCAAGGGAGGAUCUGCAGUUUUCCAUACCCAAGGAAAAAGAUGCCUGCAAAGUGGAAGUUGUGAUGAAUGAGCCAAUAACCCAGAGGGUUGGGAAACUCACUCCACAGGUAUUCGACUGUCAUUUCCUCCCUAAUGAAGUAAAGUACACUCAUAAUGGCUGCCCAAUCCUCGAUGAAGAUGCUGUAAAGCUUAGACUUUACAGAUUUACAGAGACUGAAACCUUCACUGAAACUUUUAUCCUUCGGGUUUAUCUCCUGGAGCCAGAUUGUAGCAUCGUCCAGAUGAGCACCAGGGCACUGGAGGUGCCCGAGUUCUAUGGCCUGUCCAGAGCAAUCGAUAAGAACGUGCUCAGUUUCGAUUAUGAGAGGAGGAUGAAUCUGGAAUGCACCAUAAGGCUGUCUCCGUUAGAAACUGGCCUACCAGCCCAUGGUCAGGUUGUUGUUGUGGAGCCGCAACAAGGCGAGCCGCGAGGAGACCAGCCUCACAGCUUUUUCCCAGAGUCCCAAUACCGGAAAGAUCCAAGGUGCCCUAGUGGCAGCUGUGCCCCAGGGCUGAAGAAGAUCGGAAGUCUCAAAGUCACCUGUGAGGAGUUUCUGCUAAUGGGGUUGCAAUAUCAGCAUCUGCAUCCCCCUUCUCCAAAUGUUGAUUAUAUCUCCAUCAGGCUGGACCUCACUGAUAUCAGGAGUAAAUCCAUAUACAAGUCAGAGAGUGUGUGGCUGCCUGUCUCCAUCAAAGCCGCCUUUCCUAAUCAGAUCCCUAGGGCCGCAUUGAUGCCCUCCUACAUUCUGGAGGUGGAUCAAUUCAUCCUGACCUCUGUCACCACCUCUACUGUGGACUGUGAAGAUGAUGAGACACCCAAAUCUUUGCUGGUGUUCAACGUCACCAAGCCCCCUCUCCAGGGGUACUUCACUCACCUGCUGGAUCACACCAAAGAGAUCUCCUCAUUCACCUGGAAAGAUCUAAACGACAUGCAGAUUGCCUAUCAGCCUCCCAACAGCAGCCACACCGAGAGAAGAAAUUAUGAGGUGGAGUUUGAAGUAUAUGACUUCUUCUUUGAAAAAAGUUUACCAAUCACAGUCCAUAUCUCUAUCAGAACAGCAGACACAAAUGCUCCUCGAGUGUCAUGGAACAUGGGUCUCAGUCUUCUGGAGGGACAGUCGAGACCCAUCACCUGGGAGCAGUUUCAGAUAGUAGACAAUGAUGACAUCAGUGCCGUCCGCUUGGUCAUUGUCGAUGGCUUACAGCAUGGGCGACUUACUGUAAGAGGAGGGAAAGGCUUCAUUUUCACUGUAGCCGACAUUCAGGCUGGGGCUGUUCGCUACCAUCAUGAUGACAGUGACUCCACCAAGGAUUUUGUGGUUUUCAGGAUUUUUGAUGGCCACCACAGCACCCGCCACAAGUUUCCCAUCAAUAUCCUGCCUAAAGAUGACAGCCCCCCUCUCCUCAUAACAAAUGUAGUGAUUGAACUUGACGAGGGGCAGACUGUGCUCAUCCAGGGCUCCAUGUUGAAAGCUUCUGACAUGGACUCCAGUGAUGACUACAUUUUCUUUAAUAUCACCAAACCUUCCCAGGCUGGGGAAAUCAUAAAGAAGCCGGGGCCAGGACUCAUUGGCUAUCCAGUCCCUGGUUUUCUUCAGAGAGAUCUCUUUAAUGGAAUUAUCUACUAUCGACACUUCGGUGGAGAAAUAUUUGAGGAUUCCUUUGAGUUUGUCCUGUGCGAUAGCCAUGAUCCUCCCAACCUCUCCGAACCACAGAUAGUGGUGAUACACAUUACUCCGGUGGAUGAUGAGCUCCCAAAAGAGGUUCCUGGAAUGACUCGGCAUUUGGUUGUCAAGGAAACAGAGGUGGCUCAUCUCACUAAGAAGCAUCUACAUUUUGUGGAUACAGAAUCUCAUGAUAGGGAGCUUCUCUACACAAUAACUACACCUCCAUUUUUCUCCUUUAGUUAUGGCCACUCUGAUGCUGGGAAACUCUUCAUGGUGGACAGCGUAUUAAAGCUAGUCAAGGAUCCUGCAGCUCCAGGACUGAGAUCAUUCACUCAGCAUGCUGUAAACCACAUGAAAGUGGCCUACAUGCCACCCAUGCAAGACAUAGGACCCGAUCUCCAGCAUGUUCAGUUCGUUCUCUCCAUCAGUAACCAACAUGGUGGCACCUUGCAUGGAAUUUGCUUUAACAUUACUAUUCUCCCUGUGGACAAUCAGGCUCCUGAGGUACUCACCAACUCACUGCAAGUAGAUGAGGGGGGUCUGUGUAUCAUCACUACAGAGCACAUUCUGAUUUCAGACGUGGAUACGAAGCAGGACAAACUCAGACUGUCCCUCAAGAGACUGCCGCUGCAUGGAAUGGUGGAACUGGAUGGUUUCCCUCUAAGUCAUGGAGAGGAGUUUUCAUGGGGAGACCUCCAUGCAUUAAAAGUUAGGUAUCACCACGAUGGAUCAGAGGUUCUCCGUGACAACAUGCUCUUUGAGACAACUGACGGAACAAAUUCUGCAGAAUUUGUCCUUCAGGUCAAGGUUUUACCUGUAAAUGAUGAACCCCCUGUCCUGAAGGCUGACCUCAUUCCCAUAAUGCAUUGCCCUGAGGGAGAGGAAGUGGUCAUCACCUCAGAACACGUUUAUGCUACUGACAUGGACAGCGAUGACACCAAGCUGGUGUUCGUGAUCACACGUCAGCCUCACCAUGGGGUCGUGAGGAAAUCUGGUAUCUCUGUGGACCAGUUCACCCAGGGAGACAUUGAUGCUGGAACCGUAACAUACAAACACACAAGUGGAGAGAUUGGCACAGCCCCUUGUUUUGACACCAUUACUUUGGUGGUUUUGGACGGAGAAGCUGGCCCUCAUGACUGCUGCUACCAAGAAUCCAUUUCUUCCCCACUUCCACUACAUCAUUCUUUUCCAGUGUUUGAUCUCAACGUGACCGUGUACCCUGUGGACAACCAACCACCAACUAUUACAACAGGUGCCCGGUUUGUUGUGGAUGAAGGCUCUACGGCUGCCAUUACCAUUAACCAUUUAAUCACUACUGAUCCUGACACAGCCAUGGAUGACUUAGAGUUUGCUUUGGUUUCUUCUCCCCAGUUUGGCUAUAUUGAAAAUAUACUACCUUCACCAGGUUUUGAAAAAAGCAAUAUUGGCAUAAGCAUAGCUUCAUUUUGGUGGAAAGACAUGAAGGCUUUGCACAUAAACUAUGUGCAGUCCAGGCAUCUGAGGAUAGAGCCAACUGCAGAUCAAUUUAUGAUUUACGUCACAGAUGGAAAACAGCAUUCUGUGGAGAUUCCUUUUUACAUUCUGAUUAACCCCACCAAUGAUGAAGUUCCUGACUUUGUGGCACAGAAUAUCACUGUUUCUGAGGGUCAGAUGAAAGAACUGGAUCUUUCAGUCAUCAAAGCAACUGAUUUAGAUGUACCAAAAGAUCAUUUGAUGUUCACUAUUACCCAUAAACCACAGCAUGGCCUUCUCAUCAAUGGGAUACAUAGAAAUGAUAUCCCUCAUUACAAGCAGUUAAUCAAUAGCCACAAGAACCAUGAACUUCCUGUGCAUGAUUUUUCAAUGGAGCUUCUUAAAACUGGAAUGAAAUUGAUGUACAUACAUGAUGACUCUGAAAGCCUUGCUGAUGACUUUACAAUACAGUUGUCGGAUGGAAAACAUAAAAUCCUGAGAACUAUUUCAAUAAAGAUCCUGCCAGUCAAUGAUGAGAAUCCAGUGUUGGCCAAGAAGGCUGAAAUAGAAUUAAAUAUGGGUGAAACUCGUAUUAUUUCUAGUGCUAUUCUAUCAGCUGCAGAUAAAGACACACCCAGAGAGAAAAUUUACUAUUUAUUUGAAAGACUCCCAGAAAAUGGGCAGCUUCAGCUCAAGAUAGGGAGGAAUUGGGUACCUCUUCAACCUGGCAUGAAAUGUACUCAGGAGGAAGUGGAUCUGAAUUUUGUGAGAUAUAUCCAUACCGGGGCAAUGGGCUCCAAGAACCAAGAUAGCUUCACGUUUCACCUCUGGGAUGGAGACAACAGGUCACCCACACUGGAUUGUCACAUCAGCAUCAAGGACAUCGAAAAGGGUGAUAUUGCGGUCUUUACCAAACCACUGGUAGUAUCUAAAGAGGAGAGAGGUUUCUUGACCACCUCUACCCUCUUAGCUACUGAUGGAACGGAUAAGCCAGAACAGCUUCUUUUUGUAAUCACCUCCCCACCUCAGUAUGGCCAAAUGGAAUACAUCAGCUCUCCUGGAGUCCCCAUCACAAGCUUCAACCAGAUGGAUAUUGCAGGUCAGAAAGUCUGCUAUGUGCACAAAAGCAAGGCAGCUGUUCCCAAUGACAUGUUCAGAUUCGUCGUGAGCAAUGGACUAAAGACAAAGCACGGAGUGUUUGAGAUCAUGCUGGAGAUUAUUGACCAAGCCUUGCCUGUGGUGACCAGGAACAAGGGGCUAAGAAUAAUGGAAAGUGCCACGGCUGUCCUCUCUCCAGAUGUCCUUCAACUUUCUGACCCAGACACUCCAACAGAAAACUUAACCUUCCUCUUGUCCCAGCUCCCCCAGUACGGACAGCUCUAUCUUCGGGGGAUGGUUCUCACACAGUACAAUUUCACACAGCAAGAAGUGGACAACAUGAAUGUGGCCUACAAGCACCUGGGAGGAAACUCACAGAUCGACCGGUUUACCUUUAUGGCUACUGACAGGGCAAAUCAAGGCUUUGUUGUGGAUGGAAGAGUGUUGAAUGAACCUGUGUCCUUUAUUAUUCAGGUGGACCAGUUGGAUAAAAAGCCUCCUCGCAUCAUCCAUCUGAAGUACCCUUCCCAAGUGGAGUUUCUGAAAAACGGCUGCUAUGGGAUUUACAUAACAUCUCGAGUCCUGAAGGCAUCUGACCCUGAUACAGAGGACAACCAAAUCAUCUUUAAGAUUUUACGAGGCCCCCAGUACGGACAUCUGGAAAAUACAACAACAGGUGAAUUUAUUCAGGAGAGAUUCAGUCAGAAGGACCUAAACAGCAAAAUCAUUCUUUAUGUCAUCAAUCCAUUGUCAGAAAUGAAUUCGGAUAACUUGGAGUUUCAAGUCACAGACCCCACUGGAAACACUGCUGCCCCUCAGACUUUGGAAUUAAAAUGGUCCCACAUUCAGUUGCCUCAGACUGAAUACGAGGUGUGUGAAAAUGUGAACACAUUGCCCCUGAAAAUCACCAGGACAGGCCAUUCCAUGGAGUCAGCCUUUGUUGGAGUAAAGGUCAACCAAGUAUCAGCUACAAUCGGAAAAGAUUUCACUGUGAAUCCAUCUAAGCUGAUUCAGUUCGAUCCAGGAAUGUCAACUAAGAUGUGGAAUAUAGCAAUUACCUAUGACGGAUUAGAGGAAGAUGAUGAGGUCUUUGAAGUAAUUCUCAACUCCCCUGUGAAUGCCGUUCUUGGCAUGAAGACAAAAGCCAGAGUGAAAAUUUUGGACUCAAAAGGAGGUCGGUGCCAUGAUUCACCCUCCUCUGGCCAAAACCAGUAUAACUCAUGGGGGAAAGGCACAUGGCUCCCACUUUCCCCAGGCUCAUCCUCACCCUCCAUUCUUGAUGGGAUCCAUUUGGAAGGAAGACACCCUUCAUCUUCCAAAGAUGGGAUAACACCCAGCAGAGGAGACAAGCUUCAAGAUUUCGACUUAACUGAUGUUCCCAGGAAAAGGCUUAGGACAAUAGGAAAUGGCAAAACAGUUCACCCAUCAUCUGUUUAUAGAAAUGGAACAGACAUCAUUUUUAGAUACCAUGGUAUGGUUGCUCUAAGAGUAGAGGAUGAGAGAUCUGCAAUAAACAUGGAGAAGCCCAGAAUGUCUGUCGUUAAUCAGAGACCACAAAAGAAAAGCAGGAAAAUAGAACCACUACAGGCAGAUAAGAUGGAACGAAUACCCUAUUUACACUCCCCUAGUCAGGACCAGUCAUCAUCCUUUCCAAAGAACUGCACGUUAGCAUUAAAGGGACUCUUUCAUUUUGAGGAAAGCCUUCAAAAAUUAUAUCACUGCAAUGGAACUUCAUGGAAGCCUUGGAGUCCGAAAGACAAGGAAGGGAAUGAAAGAACCUGUCCCACUGGAUGGAGCCAUCAAAACAGCCACUGCUAUUCCUUGAUUACAGAGCAAAAGGUCACCUGGAAUGCAGCUGCUCGAGCUUGCAGGGAGCGACAUCAAGGCAACCUAGCAAGUGUGUUUACGAAACAGCAUAUGCAGUGGUUAUGGGACUUCAGUGGAAGAAAGUCAUUCUGGAUAGGUUUGAAUGACCAAGAGAAUGCUGGUCAAUGGGAAUGGGAUGGAGGUGAACCUGUAACCUUUACAAACUGGAAGAGAGGGGCUCCCUCACAUUUCAAGAAAAGAAAGAACUGUGUUUUGGUAAAAAGGAGGGGAAAGUGGCAAGCUAAAGACUGCAGAAAGGGUAAAGCUCACAACUAUGUGUGUGCCAGGAAACUAUAAACACAAGUGACACUGGAGAUGUCCACAGAGCUCCCUCACAAACUGAUUCUUUUUCACAUAUGAUUUGCAGUGUUUGUGAAUUUAUAUGUUUAAAAAAUCAAUGGCCAAGGUUUACUUAGUAAAUUUAUUUCCUGUGGACUAGGAGAGACUUCUGUAAAAAUGAAUUGUGACUGCAGUUUGGUCAAUCAUUUCCCUUCUUACCUACCCUUGUUUCCGCCAACAGAAGAACCAUUUUUGAACCUUUAUCUUGUACUUAUAUCCACCCCGCCCCCAACAAAAACUCAGAGUCUUAUAAAAUACAAAAUUUUGCUUAUUUAAGUAGAAACUAUUCCAGUCCUCAGUCAGUUCUAGCUUCUUACUCUCUUACUGCCUGGCUUGGGGUUUCACUGUCCAUUAUCUCAGAAGAGGAUACCAUGAAACCUGUACUGCAAGUUUCUUCUAAUGGACCUGCCUCUCUUUCAAUUCAGCUCCAGUAAAACCAACUAUACCAGCCAGACCAAAAUUGAAAAACAAUGAGAGAGUUGGAUCCUUUUAUCACCUUUAAGGGUGAGGCUGGGAGUGGGGGUCAAUAGGUUAAAAAGUGGUGGGUUCUCAGGUGAAUGAAUAAUCGUUGAAAAGAAAGGCUGUAAAUGGAUGAGUCAUGGCGUAUGUGCUUCUUUGAAAAGUCAGAGCUACUUUGAUCCUGGAUAUGGGUUCAGAUAAGCCUAUAGAUGUCAACGGACUGGUCUGUCAAAUCUUUGGAGGAUUGUUCAUCUUGUAGGGCCUAAGGAGAUCAGUUUUCUGAAAGGAGGGUUAGCGUUGGUUCAUUCCAAGAUAAUGGUUCGGCUUCCCCAUGUAGAGCUAUAAUGGAAUUGAAACCACGUAAACACUUUUUUUUACAUUUGUGCCAAUUGAUUGGCAUUUCUCAAAGGCAGACAGGGCCUUUGGAUGGACAAA